UUUUUCUCUAUGGUAUGGUUUAACCUCUUGCUAAAAAAUUACGUUCCUGUACGAACAAAUUUCAAAAUGCAACGGGUUUUUUGACAUUUCUCUGUUUCGUUUGUUUAUUUUAUGUCCUUUCGUGUUAUCAUAUUCAACAUAAAUCAAAUUGUUUUCUUUGAACAGUAACGUAAUAUAAGUUCUGGCUAUGAUAUUUCACUGAGAAAACAUUACAGAAAAUUAGAGACUGUCAUGCAAAAUUGACGACUUUUUAAAGAAGAUACCUAGUUUUCUAUUUUAGUGACAAUUCUGCAAUUUCAGUAAGAUGGAAAGUAUUCACAAGGAAAUACUUUCUAAAUCAAAAAUGGCGGAGCUCCAGGCUAUCAUGACAAAGAUGCCUCUGGAAGUGUGUUGCGUCGCAGCACUGCCUGAAUUUGGGCUGAGAUGGCGGGAAGUGGCCCGUGCUAUUCGCAAUGCUCGUCUACCAAUGACGUCGGCGAGCGUAGCCCGCGUGAUAUGCCGUCAGGCGGCCAAAUCACUACCAUCCGACGACAUCGAAGAUAUACUAGCCAAACUGAGAUUGAAGUUGAUCGCAACUCAGAAUCGCACUUGGCAUGUAAUCAGACUAUCUAAUAAAGUGACGGAGGAUUCAGUUUCGUCACUGACCCAAUAUUUGCCCGCUAGAAUACGGCAGGCUCUUAAAAAUAAACGCAAAACUGGUAGAGUAGAGGUACAGACCACAAUGCUCGGAGAUCUGAUAUACUUAAGCAUCCAGUUAGUGUCUGAGCAUAGAGAAGGCAGCGUAUUAUACGUAGCCACGCCCCCCGGACAUGACGUGGCACUAGUCAGCUCUUUGUCUAUGGCCACAUUUAUAAAGGCUGCUGUGCAAGGUCUCGGGUAUAAAGAAUUUGUGGAUGCUAAGUUAUAUGGUUCUGAUGUCAAUUCCCUGUUACGUAUAAACGAUAGAGCUUGCAAUGAAAACGUGGAACAUCUCCAUGAGCUGCCAACUUAUGAGCCAACGCCAGUGAUAACUAAACAAGGCAUAGACUACACGAACAGAGCUUACGAUGAGAAAUACAUAGACAAUAUCCUAGGACCAUCACCGCCAUUGCUGACUGAUUUGAAGAUAACCUCCCAUAAAACAUUUUUUGAUCCUUCGAAACUGAAUAAGCAGAUCAAUUUGAGAUUUCAUUUGAAGAGUGAUGAUGUUGCGAAGUCAUUGAAGUCUUGGGUGGUGAAAGGUGCUUUGGCACCAACUUCGGAUUUCUUUCAUAUAUUUAAUAAGAUUAAAUCUAAUAAUAUCACUUAUACUCGUGAGGAUAGCGAUUAAAUAAGUUGAUUUUC